AUUUCCAAGCAAUAUUUCAGCAGCCUCCCUCAAAAUCUACACUUAUAUAACCCCCCAAUCUUGCUACUUGCUGCAUACACAUCCAUCAAAGAUCUUUACUUUUUUACAUCUCUAAUCGUGGGUCGAUUUUGAAUUUUGAUUUUAGAGUCAUGGGAUUUGAUGAUCCACAGACGAAUUCGAAGCCGUUUGUGAUUAGGGAAGUUUGGUCGAGUAAUUUGGAGUCGGAGUUCGAGUUGAUCCGUGAAGUGAUUGAUGACUACCCUUUUAUCUCCAUGGAUACGGAGUUCCCUGGUCUGAUUUUCAAAUCAGCGUUACCGUACAGCCGCGAAAGACGGCAGUCCGAUCACUACAAAAUGCUGAAAUCUAACGUUGACGCCUUGAACCUCAUCCAAGUGGGUCUCACCUUUUCCGAUGCUUACGGUAACCUUCCGGAUCUGGGGACGGGAACCCAAUUUAUAUGGGAGUUCAACUUCCGGGACUUUGACGUUACCCGCGACGAUCAUGCGCCCGACGCCAUAGAGCUAUUGAGACGGCAAGGGAUUUGAUUUUGAGAAGAACAGGGAAGAGGGUAUUGACUCGUUCCGGUUCGCUGAGUUGAUGAUGUCAUCGGGUCUGGUUUGCAACGAUUUAGUGAGUUGGGUGACGUUCCACAGCGCUUACGAUUUCGGUUACCUGGUGAAGAUCCUAACCCGCCGGGCCUUGCCGGACGGCUUGGACGGGUUUCUGAGCCUUCUCCGGGUGUUCUUCGGAGAAAGGGUGUAUGAUGUGAAGCACAUGAUGCGGUUCUGCGAUAGCUUGUACGGCGGGUUGGAUCGAGUCGCCGGGACACUAGCUGUGAGCCGAGCGGUUGGGAAAUGCCAUCAGGCCGGAUCGGAUUCGUUGUUGACGUGGCACGCGUUUCAGAGGAUGAGAGACGUUUGCUUUGUCAAAGACGGGCCGGAAAAGCAUGCCGGCGUGUUGUAUGGAUUAGAAGUGUAUUAGCGUUUUCUUAAUUAUGAUUAAAUAACAUAAUCCUAUUUAA